AUGACUCCUAAUAGCAAAGUUUGCAAGGGCCUGCCUGGAAGUCGGCACCUGGAGACCUGCGGAUCCGGCUUCGGCUUCGGUCUUCAGGAUCGGCCCCGCGGCUACGUUUCUGACCUGCACAGGCCCCCUCCCCGUUUCAUCUUGAGCCGGCCUGGUGUGGGAGCCCGCGGGGCCCCGCUUGAGGCCGGUGACGGGAGAAAACAGCGCCGCUCAGGAGAACCGCAUACCGUCUCCCCGCCGCCCACGGAGAAACAGCGGCUUCCCUGCCGCAGGACUUGGAAAGGCAGGAAAGAGAAGAAACAUUUAGGAAACGCGAGGUGA